CUUGCACUGUAAACAAACUGGCGCACCGAACCUGGAUUGGAGAGCAUGGCGGGAACUGAGGGUGAGGCUGUGGUGGGCGAGGAGCUGCAGGGUGUGGAGGGCGACGGGGAGGAGGGCGGCAGGGCGGGGCUCAGGCUGCCCUUAGCCAGGGUGAAGAGGAUCAUGAAGGCUGACCCUGCCCUACAGCUGGCCAGCCAGGACGCGGUCUUCGUCAUCGCCAAAGCCACGGAGCUGUUUGUGGAGAGCUUGGUGGAGGAGGCAUAUCAGUACACUCGCAAGGCCGGCAGAAAGACUGUGUCGCGGCGGGACGUGGACAACUCAGUGGAAGCAAUUGACGCCCUUGCCUUCCUGGACGGUGCCCUUGACUGGUCCUGAGCGACACAGGAGCAUUGGGUUCAAUGUGCUUUACUCUGAAUAUAUAUUACAUUCCUGAUUAUUUUUCUGUAUGUAUGGAUGCUCUUUGUGAUGAAUAUACUGGUACAUUUAUAAAAUUAUGGUGCUUCAUUUGUGUGUCCUUUGUUUGUAAUAGUGCUUUCAUGGUGGUAGAAGGGGAAAAACAACAGUAACAAAAACAUAACAAUGACAAAAGUAAUAAUAAUAAUCUAAUAAUCCAAUAACUACUACAUUCCUCUACAUUCUCUUUAACUGAGAUGAGAAAAUAUCCCUUAAAGUUUUCCUUAAAAUCAAUUCAGAAUUUAAUCCUCAAAAGUAGAAACAGGAUGAAAAGUUGAACAAUAAAGAAUUAAAGAACCUCAUUAAAUGUCCCAUUAUAAAUAUGACUGUGUGUGUAUGUGUGUGUGUGUGUGUGUGUGUGUGUGUGUGUGUGUGUGAGAGAGGGAGCACUGUCUUGUGUGCAGUGCUUAGUGUUGUGUAUUUUCUGAAGAUAAAUGCACAGAAAUAUAUUUACUGACAAAG